AUGACUGAAAUUCCCGUUGAAAAUCUUCUCGGUGCAGAAGGUGAAGGAUUCAAAGUAGCUAUGAACAUCCUCAACAAUGGCCGAUUUGGAAUUCCAGCUGCUUGCACUGGAGCCAUGAAGUUUUGCAUCCAAAAAACCGUAGAUCACAUCACUCAACGUGUCCAAUUUGGUCAAACAUUGCAAGAAUUCUUCAACGUUCAGGAAAAGCUUACCAAUAUGAUUGCUCGUCACUACGCAACCGAGUCGAUUGUCUACCUCCUUGCUUCUAAUAUGGACCGUGGCGUUCAGGAUUAUCAAUUGGAAGCUGCCAUUGGCAAGGUGGCCGCAUCGGUGGGUUAA